AUGGCAGUGGAACACACGACCUCAACAAACCUAUCUAACUGGGACAACUUUCUUAACUUAGAAUCUUGUUCUCAAGACGAACAAAAUGGUGAAUGGGAGGUACGUUCGGGUAUCAUACCUACUUCAGGGCGGUUCGAGACGGACUCGUCCACCGACUUUGGUGGGUGCACUGUCGCCGCGGAGUCGCUGCCACAGUCGCCUCGUGCUGCAUCAUUUUGUUUAGAGGACACAGCGUGGAGUUCUCGCGACAUGGGCAUUGGAGACUACCUGUUGUUAUCUCGGGCACUCAGCGAUCUCGCGGUCGAGAAUCAACGGCUGAGGGAACGCGUUCGCGAACUGGAAGCGCUCGUGUGCGCGCAAAGCACUCGCACUGUGGAAGCGAGGAGCUCGCCAGACAACCCGAAUGAGGCCGCGUCGCAAGCUAGCUGCGAGACAAACGGAAAACCUCCGACAAAUGGUCAGCGAAUGAUUGUCGGUUUCGCUUGUGUCACCAAGUCGGUGCUGCGAGAACUCGCCUCGUUCUUGACUAUCUCGAACGGUCAACUGGGCUGGACGGGAGCGUCACAAGUUGGUACACCGCCACCGAGUGAGAAAGAGGACGCGAAAGGGUAUCUGUUUUCGUCUCCAUGUACGGAAUCGGAGUCGAUAGCGAAAGGCUCGACGAGCGAGCCGGGCUCAAGGUGGCGCUCUAAGAGAAGCCCAUCAGCGGAUGACCGCCACGCACCCGAUGUGCCGGGCGCGAAGCGCGCCCGGCACGAGGCGAAGAGCAGGGUGUCUUAUUGUGCCGCAGCACGUUUUGCGGCGAGCGGUGCGAUUUACAGCAUCUUCUUCUUUUUCAGUCUGGCGUUGCUGCCUCCUCUUUUCGAUAUGUUGGGGUUUGCAUUCGAGCCGUGGCUCGCAGCAUCGCGCACCCUUGCGCUGCCCGCAACGUAG